UACUACAUGUGUCCCUAUUCAGUUCUCUUCCGGGUAUGUAACGGCACGAAGACUGCAGCAGAAAGUCAGUAAUUGGACAUUAAUAUCAAUGUACCAGCUACCUUUUCAGAAAUAUGCCAUAGUUUCUUAGCAUUUUUUAAAAUUCAUUUUUCUUGCCAGCUAGUUGUUAAAUGCUUUCAAUGACGGGUUUUGCAGCUGGCACAGUUAACAGCUGUUGCUGCAUGGUCAAACUGUUAGCUGUUCGCAUGACUAACAUUAGCUAACGGUAACCGUUACCUAUGUAGCAUAUAUUUAAUUUUCAGCUGCCUCAGCUAGCAACCAGGCUAUCUUUGCUUCGUGUAAUGCUAUCUUACAUUCUGUUAUUGAUUUUGAUCGCUAGCUAGCUCGGCUAUAUUCUUAGACUGCAGCCGGGAACACCCUUGUAGCUGCGUCUUAACCCAUCUUCGUCCCAUUGCGUAGCUUGGCAGUCCGUGGGAAGGAUGCUACAAGGGCCGUAUGGUCUGGACCGAGACAAACCUCUGUUCAGACUGCCUUUCACGAUCUUCGCUGUGGCCACCGUCUUCCUGGCGCUCGGCGGGUUGGUCUCCUGCAUCCUCAUCUCGUUGCUUUACCAUUUCGAGGAGUCGACCGCUACCCACUGCCAGGUCCCAAACUACCUCCCCUCCAUCAGCGCCUCCAUCAGCCAGACGCCCGAGCGCUACAUCUGGCGGGUGUGCAUCGGCCUGCACUCCGCCCCGAGGUUCCUGGUGGCCAUCGCCUACUUCAACUUCUACCGCGGACGCUUCGCCAAGCGCUGGGCCGAGUGGCUGCUCAGCUGCCUCACCCUGGCCAGCGCCCUGGGGGAGAACCUGGGCCUGCUGCUGCUCACCUACGUCUCCUCCAACGAGACCUACGGUGAGUUUACACUCCUGCUCACCUACGUCUCCUCCAACGAGACCUACGGUGAGUUUACACUACUGCUCACCUACGUCUCCUCCAACGAGACCUACGGUGAGUUUACACUACUGCUCACCUACGUCUCCUCCAACGAGACCUACGAUGUGCACAAGAACGGCUUCAUCAUCUUCAUCGCCUGCGCGCUUGUGCACAUGGCCGUCACCUGCAGGCUCUGGCAGGUCAUUAAGAAGUACUCAUUUAGUCCUGAGGAGCAGACGUCGUACCUGUGGAAGAAAUGGCUCUUCGCCUUCAACAUAAUGUCCUGCCUGUUUGCCGCUUACUUCUACCGGUGGCACAACAGCUACUGCGACCCAGGAAUCUACACCUUCUUUGCGUUCUUUGAGUACCUUGUGGUCCUCUCUAACAUCGGCUUCCACAUCACGGCCUACUGGGACUUCGGAACCAAGGAGGUGAUGGUGGCCACGCCCCCGGAGGACAAGCGCUUCUGACGGGGGAACCGAGGGGCGGGCCGGGGAGAGGAUGCGCCCUGCCCCUCCUACUCACCCUCCUCUUCCUCCUGCUCUUCACCCUCCCGCGCCUGUCCUUGGAAUCCUGGGAAGGCCGAGUGGGCGGGGCCGGAGAGGAAGGUGCCAGUGGAAGACCAGGUGUUCCACAUCUACCCCUGAGGAGUGAAUUGGGGGCGGGGGGGGGGGGUCGUCCCAUUCCAUUUCAAACACCCCCUCCCUCACUGCACCUAGAGAGAUGUCAUGAGCACCUGUGUACAUCUGAGGAAGGAUGGCAGUGGAUGGACAGGAAUGGUGAAAUGAUGUUCUCCUCUGGGGGGUGGAUAUAGAGCAGGAUUUGCGAACUCCAGUCCCGGGGGGCCACAGUGUCUGCAGGUUUACAAGAUUUCCUUUCAAUCAAAAAUAAGUUGUGUAGAUUCUAGCAGUGUUUCCCCAAGGUUAGGAGCUCAUCUGUGGCAGCAUGACGUGUUGUAUAUAGCCAUUACACUUUGUUGAAGGUGUAAUUUUAAAAGCGGUCAUGGACCAGGGGGUGGAGGAGAGAUUGGAAUCGUGGACUGGGGAGGGGGAGAUUACCCUUUUUAUUUAUCACUGAUAAAGAUACAGUUACACAGUUACCUUUCGUUGCCAUGUCGAUGUGGCAGAAUUCUGCAGAGGUUUAUCUGAGUGACUCCAAACAUGCCUCUUCAUCAUAAAUCCCGUUAUUAAAGCAACUCUGAGGAACUCCUCCAUGGAUUAAAACCAGAGCGUAAGAAAAGGAUCGUCUUAAACGAGUGCUCCAACUCCACCUCUUCCAGGAGUCAGUCCACUUUGGAAGUCUUUCUUGGGUUCUUUUUGAACAACUUUUUAUUUUGCGUCGACCAUGCUGAUAUUUGCCACAAAUGGGCAUGUGUAGGGGAAACGUUAUCCAGCUCGAUCAGUGACACGUAUCGAGCACUUAAGUGCUCAAACGUACUGGCCAUUAUCGCACACUGCUGGCCUCCAAAACUGGAGUUUGAGAUCCCUGAUCUCAAGGUUGUGAAAGCAGUGGUACGGUGGCCUGUGAGGACAUAAAGGACCACCCUGUGAAAGCUGUCCCUUGUUUCAAACAUCUUAUCCUUUCGUAUGCCAUGUGGUUUUUCAGUUUGUUUGUUUAAAAAAAAAUGCUAUUUCAGUGACAUUUCAGGUUGGCUGCUGCUCGGUGACUCCACGUUGGGAGCUGAAGCGUUGAGUCAAAGAUAACGUGUUUUUAUCUGUGUGACCUGAUGGAAAUCUCAUCGAUUUAAAGUCUUGACUGGCAGGGAGAAAGAUUUGGCUCAUGGUCAUAUCUUCCUCUCUCUCAGAGCUCCUGGUGUCUGUGGUUUUAAUAAUCAGGCUUUGUUUGUUUUGUGGAACUGUUCUGUCGCUCUGUUGCUUCCUCUUUCAUUUCUUUGGGUGGCUUCUGUAGUUCAAACUCCUGCCCUGGAGAGCCGCUGGUUUCAUGUGUUUUUCAGCACAAUUAAUUUAAGCGUCUCCACGUUUUUUUAAAAUAAAAAUGCCUCUAUCUAACAUUUAGGUCCCAUCCUGCUCGGUUAUCCCGCGCAGGUCCGCUGAAGCGCUGGUCUUUAAAAACAGAAAUGUCCGCUAUCUCCUCCUGUCGUUACGGUCAAACUGACCGUAAUGGUCGCUGUGUCUGUAAAGACGUACUGCUAACGCGAACACAGCUCUGCUCAUGCCAUGCGCUAAUGCACAUCUGUAAAACUCAGGAAAUUGUAAUUAUUAUUAUUAUUAGUAUUGUGAUUAUCAUCAUUUUGUGUGCCAUGUUUUAAUCCCGAAGUGUGAGCAUUAUUUUAAAAUUAUUUUAAGAGUUUCUACAUUUCAGUCCAGGGCAGGAGUGAAGUUGGCUCACGGUCGUUCGGUUGCCGUGAGUUUCCAUUCUCCGCUGGCAGUGUAGGCAGGUGCGUUUUUACCUUUGUGGAAUGCCAAGCUGACUGACGUUCUAAAUGCGUUUUUAAAAAACAUAGCCAUUAUUUUUAUUAUUAUUAUUAUCAUUACCAUUUCAGCAGAGGUUUUCUGAAAACUGUUCUCUUGACCUGUAGCUGCUACUUUUACGAUGCAGUCACUACAGUGUACACUGUACAGUGUAAAGUUUUUUUUUUUGUUUUUUUUUUCGUGUUUUUGGCCGGAAGCUAUUUAUGAUGGAGUUCCUAAGAUUUCAACGCUGGAAGUCAUGGCUAAAUUUGAGUGUCAUGGGCUUCUCUACCUCCAUGUAUCACCUGUAACUCUAUCGUAUUACAUGACCUGCAAUUGUAUCAUAUUACACGACUGUACAUGAAGAGUAUGGCAAUUCCGUUCAACAGAAAUUUAGUCUUAUCAAUGUUCUAUGCUGAUGUAAACAGCAUUUACAGUGGUGCUUGUGCUUUUUUUUUCAUAAUUUACAGAUGUGAUUAAUGGAUUUUUUUUAAAUACCCAGGAAUUUCCUCAUUUAAUAUGGGAUGUGAUUUUAUGUUGUGUGGAUUGCCAGCCCCUAUACCUCUUUGUAAGCCAGUCUGCAUUGAGUUGGGCUUUUGUUUGUACCUGGACAAGAGACAAUCUGAGAGAACCAGGUCGCAGGCCGUAGAGGGAUUGGUGGGCCAGUAGGGGGCGCUCCUCCCACUGGCCCAAGCCAGGGUGCAGGGAUGGGGAUACUGUGCUGUAGGUGAUGCUGUCUUUCAAUGAGACGCUAAACCGAGGUCGUACAGACUCCAUGGAACUUUACAGAAAGCAUAAUGCUUACAGCUGAUUGGCUGUUGAUUGUAGCCCCCACCCACCUUGUGUGUCCAUAGGACAGCGAAUAAGAGAAGUGAGCUCUCCAUGCUCCUUCCUGGUUGAUUAAUAAUUAAUUAUUAUUGCCAUUUGUGAGACUGAGAACGCAGCCAGUGAAUUUGUGUGGUCUGUAACGCUUAACCAAAUGGGGAGUUUACGCUAACGCAGAACUAAAGCUUCUUCAGUGGUGAAAUUUUGAAGGGUAUGUUAAUGUGAAUUAUUGUACACAGUGUUUGUGCCGAACGAACGCUACUGGCUAAAUGUAGAGGUGUGUGUUUCUGAGAGACUCACACGGUCCUGGACUGUAAUGGCCACUGAAUAAAUGUGUCAUUACAGA